AUGGGAUUACUUACUAUAAUUCGAAAACAGCGUCGUAAGGAACGAGAGAUGAGGAUUUUGAUGCUCGGACUAGAUAAUGCCGGCAAGACGACAAUUGUCAAGAAAUUGACUGAUCAGGAUAUCUCUGUUGUUGCUCCUACUCUCGGUUUCAAUAUCAAUACUCUCAUCCAUCGAUCUUAUUCCCUCAACAUAUGGGAUGUGGGUGGCCAGAGUACUUUGAGAGCCUAUUGGCGAAACUAUUUCGAAGCAACAGACGCGAUCAUUUGGGUGGUGGAUUCAGUGGAUCGAGAAAGAUUAAAAGAGACUUCCAAAGAGCUUGACAAAUUAUUAGUAGAGGAGCGGUUAGCCGGUGCAUCUCUUUUGAUUUUUGCCAACAAGCAAGAUCUUUCGGGUUCUUUGACCCCAGAAGAGAUCGAAAAAGCUCUGGACUUGUCUAACAGGCCAAGCAGCCAUCGCUCAAAAAUUUUACCUUGUAGUGCUACUGUCGGUACCAAUCUGAAAGAAGGUCUCGAUUGGGUAGUUGAUGAGGUGGCAAGUCGCCUUUAUGUCUUGGUAUGA